AUGGAUUUGACCAACCUCCCUAAAGAGUACCAGGAUGCCCUCAGCUCUAUGGUGCGGGCCGAGGAUGAGGAAGCGGCUAUGGGACUUGACCCGAAAGAGAAGCACCCGGAGGAUGUCCCAGAGGAGCCCACACCUAGGCAGAACCUCACAACUUCAAGAUCCAAAAAGGAAGUUUUGUGUUCUUUCAAAAAACCCCUUGAACGAUCCUUACUUGCUAAAUUCCUUGAAGAAAAUGGUCGAUCAGGUCUAUGUGUAGAGAAAAGGAUUAUGGAGUCAAGGGAGUUGUUUAAGAAAAUGGUUGCUGUUGAUAGUAGGCCCGAUGUGAUCACUUAUACCACUCUCAUUCAUGGUUUGUGUUGUGUGGGUGAUUGGGAGGAGGGUAAAAGAUUAUUUAUAUUGAUGAUGGAUCAAGGUGUGCGGCCUUCCGUGGUGACUUUUGGUGUGGUCAUACAUGAAUGUUGCAAGAAAGGGAAUUUGGACGAAACAAAUAGGUUUAUGGAAUUGAUGAUUCAAAGAGGUGUUGAUCCCGACAUUUGUACUUAUGACAUUUUAAAGAAUGGUUAUUGCUUGGUAGAUAGAAUUGGUGAUGCAAGGGAGUUGUUUGAUUCUAUAACUAGAAAGGGGUAUAAACCCAAUGUUGUUUGCUAUAAUACUUUAAUCAAUUGGUAUUGCAAGAAUAAAGAAGUCAACAAAGCUCUUAGUCUUUAUCGAGAGAUGAUUUCAGAAGGAAUUAGGCUUGAUGUGAUUAUAGCAGUAUCCUUAUCAGGAGAGCAUUAUUUGACAACAUUGAAAUAUGAAACUGCAAAAGCUUCAGCUAGCUGCGGAAAGGCUCUGUCUUUGUUACUUUACUCUUACCAAACUCCAGAAGCUUGGACUACAGAUCAUGGUUUAAGAGUACUAUGUUACAUGCGUCUGAUGGCCAUAUGGGCAAUGCAAUGGGCUCUAAGAAGGCUGAAACCUUCUAAAAAUAAUGAGAUGAAACUAGAAGUGAUUGAAGAAUCUCUGUAUAGAUAUCAUGUCGGGUUAUGUGAAGUUGCUUGCCUUCUAAAGGUACUAGAUGAUAAAGUGCGUAAAAGUCUUUUACAGUCAUUGUUUGAUUACACUUUCUAG